AUGGCACCCGUGCAGAUUUACUUUGUCAAGCUGUCGGUGUCUUUACAGCAUGUUGUGCAUAUUAAACAGUUGGUGGUCUUGUGGCUGUAUGUCCCUGGAGCAUCUCUAGAAGUGGCACUUUAUCAGCUCUGCCACAUCUUCACCUCACCAUCAGAAUGUUUAACUUUGCAGUUGAUGAAUCAGACUCAUCAACAGCUUUCAGAAUCCUUUGUCACAGGUAGAGACACAGAGUAUGACAAAGAGAAGGAAUCAUCUAAGAAAACUGAAAGCUUUGAACAACGCACUUACAUUGGAGAAAAAACAAGAACUUUGGCUGUUGGGGUGAAGGCACUGAAAAAAGUUAGGCACAUAAAAAAGAAUAGUCAUUUUGGGAAGCAGCUCUCACAAGCCAUAAAAGUGGUUACAGAUGUUUCUCUCACUGUUCUGUGUUCCUUGGAAAAGCUGCAGAGGAUUUGGACAGUAUAUGACUUGGCUUAAAAGAGGAUUCAAUUAUGCAGAAAUGUGGAUGAAAGAGAUGAAAUGUUUAUCAAGCAAGAUGAGGUGCAGCAGAACUUGUAUUCAGCAGUGAAAGAAUUAAUUUUGGAAGUGGAUCAAGCCCUCUCUGGGCCCUCAAGAGUGUUACAGGAGCUGACAACUUCUCUGGAGAUGAUUUAUGGUCAAGAAUCUGAAGCAUAUGACCAGGAUGUAUUUCAACAGUUCUUUGAGUGGAAGUGUGUUAAAACAAAGAAACUAAAUUGUGUCAGAUAUAAUAUGGACACAACUAUGCAAAUUCUUGCUGACCGGUUCAGUGACAUCUUUAAGUUCAAAAAAGCAGGCAGAGGAAUGACUGAAUAGAAGACCCAAUAUUAACAACUUAUUAUCAGUUAAGAAAAUUGUGAAAAGCUUAAAGGCCCAAACACAAUGGAAGCUGAUUGAAAAGAACAACUUUCAGGAAGUAUGAAAA